AUUCUUCCCGGUGAAAGGAUUCCCGUCGACGGCCGAGUCGUAAGCGGAAGCUCUGCCUGUGACGAAUCUAUGCUCACUGGCGAAGCCAUGCCGGUGCUUAAAAAUAUUGGUGACGAUGUGAUCGGCGGUUCGAUCAAUCUGACCGGCCUACUGUACGCACAGGCCACUCACGUUGGAUCAGAGUCUGCUCUAACGCAGAUAGUCUCCCUUGUUGAAGACGCACAGUCCUCAAAGCCAGAAUUAAGCUUUAUGGGCUCCUUCCCACAGUUGAUACAAGUCUUGGGGUCGAAGUACAUCAGCCACAGGCAGCCAUGCAUUUCUUUGCGUAUGCUUCUUGUCACCGUGAAGGACACAUCGAUAAUAAGAAUAAUCCAGGACGAGCGAGAACUGGAUGGUCAUUUCUGCUUUACGCGCGCUCUCGGUCAACCCUGCUCAGAUGAGGACUGUCUGAGAUGCUACCAUCGCGACCUCUAA